AUGGGCGCGGCGGCGGCGAUGCGCCGGAUGAGAGAUUCUGCGGUCGUUUUCGGCCAGCGGCUAUAUAUAAACUCUGGAUAUCCGAGCGAGCAGGGCCUUAAAUUAAUGAACGGCAUCAACCCGUACCGGCGCUGUUAUUUAUACGCGUCGGGAGACUUUCCCUGCAGAGUUCAGCGCCUCGUCGCCGUCGCCGUCGCCGUCGUCGUCGUCGUCGUCGCCACCGCCGCUGCCGCCGUCGGAGACCUCCGCGCCCCGUCCCGGGUCUCCGGCCUGUACCGAUUUAUGGCCGGCACCCGUUGA